AUGCCCACCAAUAUUGUGGCCUGGAUACAUGCUUCCCAUGGGAAACCUGCAGACACCCUGCUCCCCAGGGACCCCUGCUGGACUGGAUGUAACAUCAAGGAAACUCAGCGUUUGCUGGCAGAACCAGUUCCUGGCAUUACAGCAGAACCAGAUGAGAACAGUGCCCAUUAUUUUCCUGUGGUCAUUGCUGGCACCCAGGAUUCCCCCUUUGACGGAGGGACUUUUAAACUUGAACUAUUCCUUCCAGAAGAAUACCCAAUGGCAGCACCUAAAGUAUGUUUCAUGACUGAAAUUUAUCAUCCUAAUGUAAACAAGUUGGAAAAAAUAGAUAUUUUGAAAGAUAAGUGGUCCCCAGCACUGCAGAUCCGCACAGUUCUGCUAUCAAUCCAGCCUUUAUUAAGUGCUCCUAAUCCAGAUGAUCCAUUAGCAAAUGAUGUAGCGGAGCAAUGGAAGACCAACGAAGGCCAAGGCAUAGAAACAGUGACAGCAUGGACUAGGCUAUAUGCCAUGAACAAUAUUUAA